AUGGUCCGCAAAACAUCUUCUGGCUUCUUCUCAUCCAUUCAUGAAGAUAUGCCACUUCAUGUAUCAAGGGGCUAUGAUCGAAUGGUCCAGCACUCCGCCUACCCACCGUCCUCGACACCUCCUAGUCCUCAGAAGGAGAAAUUCUCCCCUGAAAAAUAUACACAGCCUUAUCUGGACUUUAUGACCCAGAAUCCGACCGUCUUCCAUGCUGUCGACCAUUUCACAGCCAAGCUAGCCAAGGCGGGCUAUGUUUACCUGUCGGAACGUAAACAGUGGAAGAUUGAGCCAGGCGGGAAAUACUAUACAAAGCGAAACGGCAGUGCAUUCAUUGCCUUUGCGGUUGGGAAAGGGUACAAGCCUGGAAAUGGUGUUGGAAUAGUCGCCGGUCAUAUCGAUGCUCUCACUGCAAAGGUCAAGCCCGUUCCAAAGCUGCAGACAAAAGCCGGGUAUGUGCAACUUGGUGUUGCACCCUACGGCGGAGCGAUGAACAUGACUUGGUGGGAUAGAGAUCUGGGCAUAGGCGGCAAGGUUCUUGUCAAGAACAAGGACGGACUGAUAGAGGAGAAGGUUGUCAAAUUGGACUGGCCCAUUGCGAGGAUACCAACCCUCGCACCCCAUUUUGGGGCAGCUGCUCAGGGCCCCUUUAACCUUGAAACCAACAUGGUUCCAAUUAUCGGACUUGACAAUUCAGACCUCUCAGGAAAGGAGCUGCCUUCUCUCGAACUACCUGCCGGAAGCUUUGUCGCAAGACAACCAGAACGCCUCGUGCGAGCUAUUGCAGGAGAAUUGGGUGUCGGGGAGUACACUUCCAUCGUCAACUGGGAACUAGAGCUCUUUGAUAUCCAGCCCGCCCAGCUUGGUGGCUUGGACAAGGAGUUCAUCUUCGCAGGCAGGAUUGAUGACAAGCUUUGCUGCUUUGCUGCCAUUGAAGGGCUUCUGUCCUCCUCUGACGACGCUUCCCCUGGGAUCAUCAAAAUGGUUGGGUGCUUCGAUGAUGAAGAAGUUGGGAGCUUCUUAAGACAAGGCGCAAGGUCAAACUUUAUGCCGAGCGUCAUCUCGAGGAUCUGCGAGUCCUUGAAUGGCUCCAGUGGUCCCAACCUCAUCACCCAGACGCUGGCCAAUUCGUUCCUUGUCUCUUCUGAUGUGUCACACGCAGUCAACCCCAACUUCCUUUACGCAUAUCUGGAGAAUCACUCGCCGCGCUUGAAUACUGGAGUGGUGGUCCAUGCGGAUGCUAAUGCGCACAUGACGACCGACAGCGCCUCAACUGCCCUGAUGUCCCGGAUCGCUGAAAAGUGUGGUAGCACCUUGCAAGUAUUUCAAAUUCGCAAUGACAUUCGAAGCGGUGGCACUAUUGGGCCUAUGACUAGCUCAAAAUUAGGUUGUCGCGCAAUCGACUGUGGCAUUCCGCAGUUGUCAAUGCACUCUAUCCGAGCGACCACAGGGUCACUCGAUCCUGGUCUCGGAGUCCAACUAUACAAAGGCUUCUUCGACUAUUACGAGGAGGUCGACGCCGAGUUUGCCCAAUGA